AUGGGUCGUUAUUGUCCUUGCGGAGCUGUUUUGUUGAGGGCAUCUAGUGUUCGACGAUUAGGAUCACCUUUAUUUCGUAUGUUUAUGUCCAUACGUGUUUUGGAUGCGCUUCCUGCGAAGACAAAAGUUUGUAAUAAAUGUAGACAGUCAUAUGCAUACUGGAAAAGAUGCAAUCUGGAAUUUGAGAGUGUUUUUGAUCGGAUUGAGAAAGAUUUUGCAGGUGAUGCAGGAGAUGAUCAGGUUGAAGAUAUUGAUAUCAGCUUUGAUUCUCUUCCAACAAAUAAAUCUGACAAAGGGUCUCAAACUGUGGCACAGAUAUUUGAACCACCGUGUAUUACAUUACCAAUGAAUUGCACGAUAUCAUCUCGUACAAUUUGCUAUGUUUGUCGAUCUCAUAUUGAUGGCUCAUCAAUGACUAUAGCGGCUGAAGAUCGAGAUAUGAUAUUUUUAACGAAAAAUGUAAUGAUACGUGAAGGUUCAAGAUGUUGUCGUAAACACUUAGAAGAUCAUCGUUUAACGCCCGCUUCAAUAAACAUAAUUAAGCCAUACAAGAUAGAAAUUAUCUUACUUAAAGCUGGUGAUGUUCAGAUGUUAAUAAGUAAGUCUCAGAUACUUUACAAUCAGAAAAAAUGUCUAGAUUUUGAUGAUUGUAAUGCGAUUUCCGACGACGAGUAUUAUAACUUAACAAGUUUGAGCAAAGGACAAUUCGAUAGUUUAAUAAAAGAGAUAGCGGCUUUUUCAAUUCGAAAUACAGCAGUUAGGUCGAUUCGUACUGCGGUUGCGUGUUUAUUAUGUAAAUUACGCUUGGGUUUGUCUAACAUAAUUCUGGCUUUGCCAUUCGAGUUACCUGAUAAACGCGCUGUGUCGCGCGCUAUUGGAACUGCUCGUAAAGCAAUAAUGAAAGAUUUCGUUCCGUACCACCUGGGAAUUUCGCAUAUUACUCGUCGUCAGAUAAUAGAUAAUCAUACAACA